AUGGGGCGAGUCUUGCUCGACACUCGCAGCCGCGUGGCACAUGUCCAACUGCUGGUGAUCUCUCUGACCGGGCUAGCAGCAGAGCAGCUGAAGAUGGGCCGCAACAAGUGGUGGAGAAUGCAGGCACCCAACGAGCAUCCCAGUUAUGGCUGGCAGCUGCUGACCCAGUUGUACACUCUCUGCAAGGAGCAGCACUUCUGUGACUGCACCAUCUUCAUUGGGAAUGUGCAUUUUAGCGUGCACAAGGUGGUUUUGGUUCCUCCCAGCCUGUUGUUUAAAUCCGUGUUGGACAGCACGCUAGACACCAUCUCCCAUUGAUGCUUCUGUGGUAAAACUGAGGAGCUUCCACUCUUAUUUGAGAUUAUGUACAGUGGCAAACUCGCACUGGGGAAAUACAGUCUCUUGGAAGUUAUCUCUGUGGCAGAUAGUCUGCAGAUGUUUGAUGUGGCUGUUAGUUCUAAAAACCUCCUCAGGGAUCUCAUAAGUUGUUCUGCUCAUGACCAGGUAAUGAAAGGAGUCCCCAGCCAGGAAGCAGAUUCAUUUGGAAACCAAGCUGAAGCUAAUUACCUGUCCCAGUCUGGAAGACCUGAUGAAGAAAAAACAUUUAUCAUCCUCACUCAGAGCGUUUCUCCUUUCCCUAUAGAAGCAGAAAUGGAAGGAGAUGUUUCUCCUCCUGGUCAGGAACUUACUGUGAAUCAUACCUGGGUUCAUCGGGACACAAUGUUGAGUGACUCCAGGUCCCUCCCUAGCCCUGACCAGCCUGCCCAUGCUGAAUGGAGUGGCUGUAUGGAUGAGGAGCUUGCUGAGCUAGCAGAGGGGAAAGGGCAAUCAAGGGAUUUAGCAGCAGAGAGCAAAAGCUAUAAAACGGAUUUCUUUGUUUGAUCUGAAAAUGUUUUCUCUGAGGCUCUUUCUGAUGCCCAGGUUCUGCUGAAAAGUCUUGAGGAGUGCAGAGAAAUUGAUGCCUCUCAAAAGGAGGCUCUGGAUGCCUGUCUGGGCAAGGCAGAGGAACAUUCAGUGUUCAAGAAGCUGCUGGGCAAAGUUAAGGAUGCUCACACCCAGGAUAGUGACACUCGGGAUGCUUGGCCCCUGGACACUCAGACCCUCGUGUCUUUUCUGAAGCUGUUUCAGGACACGAAUCCUGAGCUGAAAGUGGCUUUGCUGGAAAGGGAACAGGGCAGUGGAGAAGCCCCACGGCAAGCAGAGCAUAGCUUCGCAGAGCUGAUGCAGAGCGUGACACAGCUGAGCCCCAUGAUAGAAUUGGAGGCAGCAGAAGAGGGAUUCCUGACUGCCUCAGAAAAGUGGGUAGCUUUGGAUUGCUGUGAAGGCAGCUCUCAGAGGGAAGCCAUGGGCAAUCUGCUCAGGAAGGUGCAUGAAGAGAAGAUCCUGAAAGUGAAACUUCUGCGGGCUGUGAAAGGAUCCUUCCCUGGACUCCAGCUUCUGCUGGACAACUUGGUGGCAAGUUUAAACAUCUCUGAUGGUAAAGGCAAAUGGAGCCCAGAGGAUUAUAGGGCCAAACUGUUGUGACAAUACUGAGAGAACUUUAUGGAGCUCCUGAGAGACACUCAGGUGCUGCUGCCGGGCAUCUCUGCUGCAUGGAGCCUGGCUCCUGCAGAGAGAGAGAACAGGCUCCUGCACUUGUGCAAGCAGAUGCAGAGUGGUGGUUUCACCUUCCUUGUGUUGGCAGUGCUGGAGCAGCAGUCCUUGUCUGUCUCUGCUGUUUGGCAGCUGCUAAUGGCUGUGCAGAAAUCUGCAUCCCCAAAACUAUUAAUGAAGGAUAUCUAGAAACAACCCAACUCGGAAUUUUUCUUCUUCACAAUGUCCAUCAGUGAGAGCACAGCUAUUGAGAGCAUUCUGCGCAUGGCAAGUGAUCGUCAGGGCAUCCAGCAAAGAGAGGACCUGAAGGGCUUGGCUUUGGGGGAGGGAGGGCUCAGGGAAGCAGUGAAAGAGUGGGACAACAUGUCUGAUGCAUGUCUGCUGCGUCUGAGCAGGGAAAACUAUGUAGGAGCAUUCAGGAGAUGGGAGACAGAGGGGCAGGUGCUCAGUCCUACUGGUCACCACCAAAACAGUAAUUAUACAGGUCUCUUGAUUGAGGGAAGAGGGCAGAAACCUGGAAUCAGGAGGUGGAAGGUGAACAAUGAAUCCCAGUUUGAAGUUCUGGAAAAAGAUAAGGAAAAGGCAGGAGGUGCCAGUGCCAAAGAAGCAAAGGAAUCACAAGGCAAAGCUUCUUCCAAGAAGAGCUUUGUCUGCGAAGCCUGUGAUAAGGUCUUUCACUUCUACUGCUGCCUGAAGGUGCACAUGAAAUACUGUCAGGUUGCCAGAGGAAAGCAGAUCCAGUGUAAAGAGUGUGGGGAGGUCAAAUUGACAAAGAAUGAGCUGGAGAAAAGCCAGCUGGAGGUCCACGGUGGGAUAGCCAAGAAGAAAAAGAAAAAGAAGAGGCUCCCCAUGGCAUGUGACAUCUGCAAGAGAGUUUUGCUUAUGCCUCAGGUAGGGUUGCUGGGAGCAGAGGUGUUUAGACAGAAGUUUGGACAAUAUAAUAAAUCCUUGUCAUUGCAGCAGUUGUCAGGGCUGUGUUAUCACAACAGGACUCACCACCCUGAUGUCUUUGCAGCUCAGAAUCACUACUCCUCCAAGUUCUCUUCCCUGCGGUGCAGCUGCUGUGACAAAACCUUCACCAGCACUGCUGCUCUCCAAAAACAUGUCAAGGCAGAGCACACAGAUGUGAAGUUCCACAAGUGUGAGUCAUGCAUGAAGCUGUUCCCCACACUGGCUCUCCUGCAGGUUCACAUGAAGUGCAAGCACUCAGGAGCACUUCCCAAAUGUUGUGCUGCUUGUACUGCUUCAUGGCCUUCUGCUCCGGGGGCCCUGCAGAGCCACAUCAUCAGCCAGCACUUCACACAGAUAGACAGCACCUUCAUCGGUGAGCUCUUUUCCUCCCAGAGCAAGCCGGAGGGGCACCUCAGCACUGAGCAUCCCAAGGUGGCCUUCUCCCAGGCACCACUGCCCAGAUUAUGCAGAUCAGGACUGCUCUGGGAAAGUGGUGCUGUAUGUGUCUGACUCUUGGGUUUUGAUGAUGCCAAACUUGUGACAUUGCCCAAAUCCCAAGUGAGCCAAACUGGCUCUGAGGUGGUGGCAGUGACUAAGGAGAAGUUGUUUGAUGAAAUCACUCUGAUGUGUGAAGAAAUCGAGUGAGGGACAGGGGAGGUUGCCUGGGUCUGGCACCUGGUAUCCACUAGGGUUGUUCAGGAGCUCAAUGUCCUGCUCCACCUGGGAGAUUUGGGGCUCCUUUGGGAAAGCAAUCCCAGGCAUGCAGCAAGCCCAGCAUAACCACAGACAGGGGAGGUUCAUGGACAUUCACUGCCUGAGAAGUUUUCCUGCACUCAGCCACUGGUAGAACACUUGUCUCCCCCAACACAUGAGAAAUAAAGCAGCAGAGGAAAAGAUGGGAAUCAGGUGUGAUCCUCCACUGCUGUGAGUAGAGAGCAGAGGACUGGUACAGGACAAAGCUGGAGUUUAUGGAUAUGGGAAACCAAAAUAAGCUGUCCUGAGAAUUAAGGUUGGAGAUUUUUAUGGCUGAAUCAGUGAUGUGCUCACAGGUAUCUUCUUCUGCAAGGUGUAAGGGCUGCUUUGUUCCUUCUCCUCUCACCUGCAUUGUUGUGCAGCUGGAGAACUCUUCCAGCACAGAGCUGAAGAGCUGACCUUUGGGCCUCUCUUCUCCAGUAGAGACUUCCUGGGAGUUGUGCUAAAUUACUUCAGCACUGUUUGGAUGGCACCUUGUGCCACACAGGUCUGAUCCCAUCCAUGUUUCUGCUGUGGAUCUGUUAGGAAGAAGGGUCCCAGGCAUGUCUGGGCACAGCCGUCCUUUCUGUGAGCAAACAGCCCUGAGAUCUGCCACCCUCUGAUUCACCGGGGACAUGCUGAAAAAGGGGAAGGAGCUGUCUCUGUGUGCCAGUGUCCCUUGUGGUGUGGUACUAAUGAAGGUGUUGGAGUGUGAGAUAGCUGCUAUGACUGCACGUGAACCUUCCCCUGGCACACAGGGCACUGCCUUGUAAAAUGCACUCAGUACCUGCUGUAAAGUUUGCUUCUCUGGUACUGGCAUAAUACAACAGCUUCAUUGUGCACACCAGUUCCUUUGAGACUAAAUUUCAUAAAGCUUUUUUAUCUGCAGCUUCCUAAAAUAUAAUCUGAUAAUUAAUGGCUUGCUGACUCCAUUAUGAAGUGUAAUUAGAUGCAGGGUUCCUGUGGCUCUGGGGGGACUGGUAGCAUUUAUCUUCCUUUUCCUCGUGCCAAAAGGUUGAACCCUGCCACUGCGAUAUUUACACACAGAGUGGUGAUCCUGCUGGAUCCUGGAGCCCAGGAACACACUGUGAGCAGUGCCUGUUGUAUUCUGCUGCCCAGAGCCGCAGCAGCCCAGGAGGGGGACGGAUUGGAGCUUUCCAGAAGCAUCUUGCACCGGCUGCUCAGUGCCACCAGGCAGAGAUGGUGGCACAGGAGCGUGCCAAUGUGGCUAUGCCAGUGUGAGAGUUUGUUCCCGUUAAAACUUGGAAGGAAGAAGAGUGCAGCAGAGCUGUCAGGAGAGGGGCUGGGGGAGCUCAUGGCAUUCUGUGUGUCUGGCAGCAAGCAUAAGAGUAACCCUGCUGAAGUGCUGCACCUCUCAAAGGGCUCCAUUGUAUGGUUUGUCCCUGCAAACUUUGUGAGGAUGGUGACACGGAGGAAACAAUUAGGUUAAGUUGCCACUAAAUCCAUGAAUGACCAGGAGAUGGUGCUCAAGGCUUUGAGGAUUAGUGCUAGUGCCCAGGUGCACCUUUGUGGAAGCUCCUCUGAGCCUUCCCAGGCCUUCCCCAGCUCCUGGGCUGCCACCUUUGCAGAAAUCUUGAGUUACUGCCAGGCUGAAGGAAAACUCCAAGCCCUGGACAGGUCACCUCCAAACCCUGAAUAUCACUGCUUAAAGAGCCUGAAACUGGGCUUUGGCCAUCUGUAGAGAGAGUGAAAUGCACUCUCUCUACAGGUGAAGAAGUGAAAAACCAGGGAUGCCCCUUGCCCAAGAGGAGAGGUGCCAGAGGGUGAACUGCUGGGGCCCAUCUCCUGCCUGCCUGGGCACUGUGCAUACCACUUUGGAUGAGCAGUGGGGAUAAUGACAGAAAAAGCAACUAUGUCUUGGUGGAUUCAGAAGAGAUGUAUUGGGAGGAAAGCAGUGGAUUUUGGCCCACAGGUUGAUGAAGUUGGAAGCUGUUCCCCAUUUUCUGACUUUGUAGGGUCUGGGAGUUAUGGAAGUCCUAAACAAGCUGUGGGACUGCUCUGGUGUCCUGGCCUUUAUGUGUGAGUCAAUAUCUGCAGGGAGCACUACAGUGAAUCUGAUCUCUCUUUGUUCCUGAAAAACUGUGAAGGGAGGAAAAAGGUUCAGCAGGGCUUGAGGAGAAGUUGCUUUAUUUCUAGUCCUGUCCUAGGGCAGAGGCAGCUCAGACAGGGCAGAACAUGAGCAUGGAGCCUGUUGGCUGUGCCUUUGGGCCUUGUUACUGGAGUGUUACCACAGCUGAAAGAGGACAAUGUAGAUGUUUACAUCAGGAGUGGUUCAGGCUCACCUGUCCUGUUUGGGGCUGUCUCUCCUGCCUUUCUGCCCAGCAAGAUCCUGUGUGGCCGUAUCCUCAGCAGAGUCCUGGCAGCAGCACACACCUAGCAAGAGUUGUGCAGCUUUAGAGAGUCCAUUGAGCAUCUCCCAUAUUAUUAUGAGGAGUUAAUAAUUCACAUCCCCCCAUUCCAGUUCCUUUUUGAUGGAUGAGAUGCAUACAGCAGAGCAAAUUGCAGCAUUAGCAACACCUAUGUUUUACCCAGGAGGGAGAUUAAUUUCCCAGGACAUGUCCUGGUCUGGUGUGUACCACAUUGGAGAUACUGAGUGCUGGUGGUGUUCAGAGAUCCCUCAUCUCUAUCCAUCCAAACCGUCCUGGAGUCCAGCGCUCCUCACAGAUGGUUUUUUGUUAUGCUGUGAUUUUUUUUUUUUUUUCCAUGUAAAAAUAAAAUAUGGAGAAGGAGAGAUGUAUCUGUGGAGUUUCAUGUGAAGCAAUUCUCUGGAAGGAAAAAUCCUUCAUUUUUGAAAACAUGAUUUUUUCAAGUCUUGUCCUGGGUGCUGAGUGACCCGUUGAGUUUUGGGGAGGGUCCUGUGCCCCUCUUGACCUUGGUGUCAUCCUCUAAGGAGGCAGAGAAGCUGUUAUAAGGUCAGGCUGGACCAUGAGAUCAUCUGGCCCUUCACUGUGUCUGUCCUGUUGCAGCUGCCAGAUGCAUUUGGGGAAAUGGCAGACUGCCUGUAACAAACUGGGAAGUGACAUCCCAUGGAGGAUGUUAGAUCAGGUAAUGGUGGAAUGACAGGACAAAGGGGAAUGCCUUUAACCUGAAAGAAGGUAGAUUUAGAAUGGAAAUUAGGAAAGAAUUCUUCCCUGUGAGGGUGGGGAGGCUCUGGCACAGGUUACCCUGAGAAGCUGUGGCUGCCCCUGGAUCCCUGGAAGUGUCCAAGGCCAGGUUGGAUGGGGAUUGGAGCAACCUCAGAUAGUGGAAAGUGUGCCUGCUAUAGCAGGGGUAGGACUGGAGGAGCUUUAAGGUCCUUUCCAACCCAGAUGAUCCUAUGAUUCUAUGACUUAUACAUCUCUGUCCUGGUUUAACCCCAGCCAGCAGCCAAACCCCUCGCAGCCACUUGCUCACUCCCCCACCAGUGGUAUCGGGGAGAGAAUUUGAAGGGUAAAAGCUGGAGAGCUCAUGGGUUGAGAUAAAGACAGUUCAACAGGGAAACUGAAAGUUACACACACAAGCAAAGAAAAA